AGUCUGUCAGGGUCAAACUUCGUUCCAAUUGUGGUGAAAGCAACUAGAGUCAGGACUAUCAGGGGCGGUGACAGAUUAGCAGUGGUCUGUCUGCAAUGAGCAUGUGCUCAAACUAACAUGGAUACCAUCUUGGUCUUCAGCCUAAUCAUUGCAUACUAUGAUGCCAACAAGAAAGGCCUCAGAGAUAGCAGUUGCCAAGUGGAACAGCUGCCUGGGCUCUUCCCAAAGGACGUGAGAAGCAUCAAAGAAUUGCAAAUGCAAGAAACUCACACAGAAACCAAAAGGCCAACAUUCAUCCAAAAUCGGACUGUAGCUACCCUGCAGUGCCUUGGCUCUGUCAGCAAAGUAAAAGUCAACCUUGUAUAUUUGGAGAGAAGGCCAAAGGUCAAGCAUACUCUGAAGAACCUGAGAAUCAUUGCCGCUCCCCACAGAAACAGCUCUGCCUCCUCAAGCUGUCACCUAAUCCCCAUAUCCACGUUUCAGACUGGAUCUCUUCUAACAGGCAAAGCUUUUUUACCAGGGAUCUCACAAUGUAAAGUCUAUCCAGAGAUGAGGGCUUCAUCAGAGACUUCUUCCACCACUACCCCUUCCAUAACUCCUGGAAAUAAAGAAGGAGAGAAAACUACAAGUACUGACACAGAUGAGAGCCUAGAGAAGAGAAAGAAAUGGAGUAUUGUGGUCAAAAUUCUGAUUGCUGUCACCCUGUUGCUCAGUGGAAUCGCCAUUACAGUAUUUAUAAUUUUUGAAGUCCCAUGCCCUCGUCAAUGCCUACAAGCUAGGGAGCUGUGCCAAUGCCAGUGGUUGUGGAGACGGGAAAGGAAGCAAGGCCAGCCACCUGUGACAGCUGAAUCCAAGCCUGACUCUCAGCCACAGAAGGAAAGUAUUCUCCGUGUUGGACAAGAUGCUGCCAACUCAUCAAACCCAAAGAAAGCUGCAGGGAUCACUGUUAUCCACCAGACAUACUUCUGAAAAGUUCUGCUGUCUCACACAUUGAAUGAAUGAUACUACAGUCUUCUCCCUAUUAAUAUGGGCAGAUUCUUACCAAUUUUACACUCGUAUCUUCAGCAGGGACACUGCAAUCAAACAGCACUUCCUGGUUAAUGAAGGGAGAGUAUGGGCUUAGCAGAGUUACCCUUAUGCCCUUGUGUGAGCCACAACCUUCUGUAAUUCACUUCAUACAGCCAUCAAAAUGGAUAUCUUUCCAUCCCCUCAAAUGAGAACAAAAAGCCUUCCCUCCAAGUACUGUGAAUGAACCUUAUUGCUCUCUUUGACAGAAGACUCAAACACAGCCUCCAAGGAACAAGACAGCUGUUAGUGUGACACAGCUUCCAACUCCUCUGUUAUCUUAGCUGACUUCAUGCUCACUGGCUCUCAACUAGCUUACAGUGGGACUCCUGCUCUCCCUGGUUGACGUUUAUAAGAUUUUAUAGUUUCUGCCACUAAGGGUACCUAUCAACACACUGCUGAAGGGAACUGACCCUGCACAUUCCAAAAGUCUUCCUCAUAAGUUGUCCCCAAGGGAUUCAGGGACUACAGACCAUCAGUAGCCAAGUGAAGUCUUCUGACCAUCCAGAAUUCCUAAAGUGGCUCUGACAUUAUAUCAUACUUUAAUAGAGAGCUGCGUAACUUUUGGACAGGGUUCCAGAGCAAAAUAACUAUGACGAUGCUGUUUCUUACAGGAGCAUAGUUAUGAGUCAAUUCUAACCUGCUUCAGUAAGAGUUUGGUGAGAAAGUGGAACCAGCUGAUCUUGAAUCCAUGUUCAGGUGAAAAAGGAAAUGUCAGGAGGGUGAGGCCCUGCUUCUUUUCCUGAGUCUCUGAAACCAUUUCAUUUCAUUUUGGUGAAAUGUAUCUGUUUCGAAGUAAUUCUGUUUUCUUAGUUCUCUGGUUAA